AAUCUAUAACUACUUAGUAGAAUGUUUACGAAAGUAGAAGUAAAUAUGCUGAUUACAUAUUUAUCAAUUUUUGCCCUGCUUUACAAUGCAGCUGUGGAUGCCGCCGUCGGCGAUGUGGACUAUUGUAGCGCAGCUUACAUGUGUAGUGGCCGUGCCGAGAAACACGUCUUGGCCUGUAACCAUACCGGGGCCUUCGCCGCAGGUUGCCCAUCCAAUGCUGAAAUGUUGCCGAUUACGGAGGAGUUUCAACAACUUUUUCUGGGUGAGCAUAAUAAAUAUCGCAACGAAGUGGCGAAGGGACUUGUUUUCGAGCCAGCUGCUGCUAUGGCCACUUUGGAAUGGGAUGAUGAGUUGUCAUACUUUGCCGAAUUUAAUGUCAAGCAGUGUGGCAUAAUAUAUGAGGAUCAGAAAUGUUUCACUACUGCGCGCUAUAAUACGCUCGAUCAAAAUAUCGGUUGGUUGUUCUAUACGAAAUCGAGAUUCAAUCGCACCAAAAUUUACGAUGAUAUUAAGGAACAUAUACGUGUUUACUGGUAUGAGCAAUAUCACGAUUGUACACAGGCGGAAAUA